GUCACACCGGAGCGGGGCCGGAGCGCUCGCGCCAUCGGGGCUCCGGUGUGAUGCGGCGGAGCGAGUCCCGGUAAACAUGAACCGUCCCCGCUGAUCGGGCCGGAAAAUAACGAAGGAAACCGUCGGGAUCGUCCGCUCUGACGCGUGCUGUUAUGAUCGCCGCGGCUCAUGAGCGUCUUUGAGUUUCUGGAGAUGGACAGAAGAGACUCGUCCGUUCUGACCGUGAGGAGAAGAUUACCCAGAGAUCCCGGUGUGGUGGGCGGAGUCUGUAUGGGGACCGAAGACUCCUCCCCCUGCAGUAGCCAGGGGGAUGGGCCUGACGACAAACAGCUGGAGGACGUGCUGUGUGAGCUGGGAGCGGGGGCGGGGCUUAACCUGGAGCUGGACGUGAGGGUGGAGCCUGAGGACGGCAUGGAUCUGCAGGGGGAGGAGCUUAGCUGGGAGACCAAUCGUCAGGAGGCGAGCGAACUGGAAGAGCAGAGCAACACGAGCCUCAGCACGGCCAGCCCUGAAGCCUCCGCAGAUGUCUCCAAAGCGUCGUCUCUGUCGGAGCAGCUCCUGCAGGGCCGUGAGGAGGGGGCGGGGCUAAACAUGGAGUGCCGCAUCUGUGGCGACAGAGCGUCAGGAUUCCACUACGGCGUUCAUGCCUGCGAGGGCUGCAAGGGUUUUUUCCGGAGGACCAUUCGUAUGAAGCUGGAGUAUGAGAAAUGUGAGCGCAGCUGUAAGAUCCAAAAGAAAAGUCGGAACAAAUGUCAGUUCUGUCGUUUCCAAAAGUGCCUGAUGCUGGGGAUGUCCCAUGAUGCGAUCCGAUACGGCCGGAUGCCGGAGGCAGAGAAGCGUAAGCUAGUGGCCGGUCUGUUAGCGGGAGAAAAGAGCUCUCCGAACUCCAGCGGGUCAGAUCUGAAAUCUCUCGCCAAACGGGUCAACAACGCCUACCUGAAGAACCUGAACAUGACCAAGAAGAAAGCUCGCAACAUCCUGACGGGGAAGACCAACGCGAGCCCGCCGUUUGUCAUUCAUGACAUGGACUCGCUGUGGCAGGCGGAAAACGGGCUGGUCUGGAAUCAGGUGAUUAACGGAGCCCCGCCCAAUAAAGAGAUUGGUGUGCACGUGUUCUACCGCUGUCAGUGCACGACCGUGGAAACCGUACGAGAACUCACAGAGUUCUCCAAAAGCAUCCCGGGGUUCAUCGACCUGUUCUUGAACGACCAGGUGACGCUGCUGAAGUACGGGGUCCACGAAGCGAUCUUCGCCAUGUUGCCGUCGCUCAUGAAUAAAGACGGUCUGCUGGUGGCGAAUGGGCGGGGCUUUGUGACCAGAGAGUUCCUGCGCAGUCUGCGCAAACCCUUCAGCGAGAUCAUGGAGCCAAAGUUUGAGUUCGCGGUGAAGUUCAACGCUCUCGAGCUGGACGAUAGUGACCUUGCGCUCUUUGUGGCGGCCAUUAUCCUCUGUGGAGAUCGUCCAGGUCUCAUGAACGUCCACCAAGUGGAGGAGAUCCAGGACAACAUCCUCCAGGCCCUCAACCAGCACCUGCAGCUCAAUCAUCCCGAUGCCAGCUUCAUCUUCCCCAAACUUCUGCAGAAACUCGCAGACCUUCGGCAGCUGGUGACGGAGAACGCGCAGCUGGUGCAGAAGAUCAAGAAGACGGAGUCGGAGACGUCGCUGCACCCGCUGCUGCAGGAGAUCUACAGGGACAUGUACUGAGUCCACGAACCAUUCCAGGCACGCUGACCAAUCACUGUGACCUUCAGAGUUGUUAUUUUUAUAAAACGGACGAUUUGUCGCUGAUGAAAUCAGCGCAGACUUAACUCUAAACCGGACCGGGUCAGGCGGCGUGGGUCAAAGAGACGUCAGUGAAGCGCAGUAUCGCGCUGUCAGCUGUUCAAGCCUCACAAUAUUCGCCUCAAAUUUCCGCCGUCUUUCAAUCGCAGCAGUGCAUUCCUAUUCAUGAUAGGGACGAAAAUGUCUUUGAAAACACAGUGUUUUUUUUAAAGUCGUGACAAAAACGUAUUGACCAAUAAGACACUUGGGGAAUACUGCAGCGCUACCGCGACCUAAGCUGUUACGUCGUCUGAAGUUAAUACCAAAGGUUGCUGCUAUUUGUAAAAUUCAUUUGUUUCAAUUGUUCGCAAGCUAGCCUUUCAUUAUGUUGCUGAUGAAGCCAAAAACACACUACAUAAGUACGGUAUCGCGACAUACAAGCUCGCUCUCGCGUUUAAACUUGUGCUUUUGCGUUCAUGUGGCGGUAAUAAACCUCAGCACCGAAGAGUUUCCUUCAAAUUACUGUUAUUAAACAAUAUGUGUUAUUAUUAGCUACAUAUGAACACGUCAGCACUAACUAACUUUCACUAAUCUGCUUCACCUCACUAUCAGUUGAGCUGAUCGUAAUGCUAAUGUUCCCUACAGCGCUCCUUGUGGCAGCAUUGAGAAUGCAACAAGCUUUUCGUUGCGGAUCGAAUUAUAUCGUUUAUAAAAACGACACAUGAAACUUUUACUAAUCUUAAAUGCUUCAAGAAAUUAAAACUAGAUCGCUUAUUUGAAAAACAAAGCUUUAACCGGGCGUCACUUUCCCAAAAUCUCUUUACAGAACCAGCUAAGACCGGUUCGUUUUUUUUCUUAGCAGGGAUCUUCCCCAAUCGCUAUCGCAAAACCUGAACAACUGGCAGAGCGUCAUUACAACUUGCAAACCUCGAAUUUCCGUUUUUUUAACUGUUUCUUUCUGUUUGCGUUUCUAAGAAAUGAUACUGUGAUCACAUUUAUAUCAGAGCUCAGAUCAGUGAUUGAAAAUCUGACUCCAGAGUUUAUAUUAAUGUUAUUUAAUAACGCUUUAUUAGUUAGUUUCCUGAAUCAGAGGCUGUGGUCGCAACACGACGUCCCCAAUCGAGCAUAUCAAUAUACCAAGCUGGUCCUGUAUCGGCUGUGACCUUUGACCUCAGUCUGACGAUGCUUCCCGUGGUUGUGCUGCUAACUGGAUCCUGUAGACAUGACAUGCCGUGAAUCUGUGCGUUUUGAGACACGUCCAUGUCUUCCUGUCACAGUUUCCUGGUAAUGUGAACGAGGGGAACACUGCGGGAUGAUCGAGCGCUGAUGUUUUCUACAGGCUUCUGUAAAACACCUGAAGAACAUCUGAAUAAAACUACAGGCUAAAACCUCA